UCCGUAGUCUGAGCACGCUCUCGCCAUUGUCACAUUGUUCGCGCGUUUCCACGAUCUUCCUCCGAAACUCCGUCGUCGAGCUACGCUGCGAGGAGCUCGUUACCGAGUGUGAUCGUUUCGGGAAAGUGUGGUUCGCCGUGUGAACAUCGAACGGCUCGUCGUCGCGCAUCAGCCUCGGGGUUCUCGUCCGUAUGCCUUUGUCGUCGUCUGCCGUUGCGUCCCGCGUUUCGUCACAUCGUGAAACUGCGGAACUGCGGUCGGCUUUGGAUUCUUUCGGACGUAACAAGUGGCCGUGAGUUUGAGCUCUUUUUCACGCGAGUGAGGAUUCCGAGAAUAGAGCCGCGACGAGAGGACUCACCGCCACGGCGGGCCAUCUACGCAUCGUGUGCGCCCGCUUCGACGUAAUCGCAUUUGCGAAAUCAACGGUCUCGGUAUCAGUGUUUACAACGUGCGAUUUUUAACGUGAUUGCGUACCAGUGAUAUUUUUGUCCCUAUUGAAAUGUUGUUUUUCACAAUAUUCUAGAAAAUUUCGACGGUUUCGAAUUUCACAUAACAUUAUUUGUAGCUAACUAAAUUGUUCUCUGUAAUUGGUUAGCAUUUGUCGUGCGCGCAUUUUCGUAUUCAGAUAUAAAAUUAUAAUUGAGUGCUUUCCAUUUAGUACUACAAUCAUAUCAUUUUGUUUUUAUUCUAUAUUUAGGGAGAAAUAAAGAUGAGAUGAUACUCAUAUCACUAAAUGGAAAGCAUUCAUUAAUAAGUGUUUAUACAUGAGUAACUAGCUGCUACAGUCUGUACUAUUAUGGAAGAUGAGGAUGGGGAAAGCAGAAGCACAGAUGUGUGGCCUAUGGGGGAGCGAGUCCUCCACGAUCCUGCAUUGGGCAAUUCGCUGAAACAUUCCAAUGACGAAGAGGCAUAUAUUGAUGUGAUCACAGAUGACAAGCAGUUGCAGAAGCAAUACAAUCCAAUUGUAACAAAAGACUUACCGGCCAGAGAAACCGUUGCAGGGCCAAGACUCACAUUCAAAGGUUUCAAGAAACGCAUCUUAGCUGAGGCACAGGAACGUCACAGCGCCGCGCUGAGGAACAGCGCGCUGGAACAGCAGCAAUUGACGCGUUCUAAUGCGUCAACGAAGAGCGGCGGUAAGGAGAGGCGGGCAGAGGGGAAGCAUAAGAUAACGGAGUACCUGGGUCUUCAGCCGUCGUCCAGGCACAAGUGCUCCAAGUGCCACGGCUGGCUGAACUGCGGUCCUAAUUCGAAGCAGAAUCUCUGCGUGUGUAAUCCCAGCAUGACGCCGAUGCCCAGCACCUCGGAGUCGGCGUCGUUGCCACACGCUUCCAGCAACUUCAAAAUCACGCGAAAGGUGUACUUGUGCGCGGCGUGUGGUACCUACUUCGAGAACUGGAAUCUGUUUUUACACAUGAGGGACAUACAUAAGCGUCACAUAUGUCUCUUCUGCCUGGGUAUGUUCGGCCAGGCGGAGAGGCUGCUGCACCAUUUGUCGAAGAAGCACAACGUUCCGGAUCUGGAGUUCGGUUCGGAGGAUGAGUUCUACAGCGUCUUCAAGGGUUCGUGUUACUUGGUGUGCUGCGGCUGCGAGAGGAUUUUCUCGGAGACUGACAAUUUCUUUGAUCACCUUUGUUCACCGACAUUUAAGCAAGAUGCGACCGCCGGCAUGUCGGUGUGCACGCUGUGCAGGCAGACCGGCACGCACGCGAGCACUUGUAAUUUCGCGUUGUCAUCGGACACAGACAGAGAGUCGUAUACUUCCACUACACCGGUGCCGGUCGCCGCUGAUUCGACGCACGUGGACGACUCGUCGGCGACGGCUGUGCCAUCACCGGAGAAAAUCGUGAAUCUCGGAGGCAAAGGACUGCCGAGAAAAAUGGUGAAGAACAACAGAAGCAAGCACGGGCCGGAAGUUACCCAGAAUUUACAGCAACCCAGGUCGAACUCAUUAGCAAGAAAGCUCGGCGCGAGAGGCAGAUGCAACAAGAAUCAACUGCAUUUUGAAUCACCUGACGCUCCAAAAGAGCUCGUAAACAAUUUAUCCAGAGACACGGUCUCCGAGACAAUAAUGGAGGUAUCCAGGUACACGGGUGACUCGUCCGACGAGAACGACGAGAACGACGAGCAGGCGAUGAAUAAAGACGUUAGUAAGGACAAAGGAUUGGAGGAGAAGUCGCCGGCGCACAAUCAUCAGCUCGAUUGCAACGAGCCUUACGACAGCGUGACGGAGACCAUCAUGGAAGUGUCCCGCUAUACGAGCGACACCGAGGAAGACGAUGUUACCGAGAAGAUGGAUCCUCCAACGUGUAUCCCAGAUAUGCAUUCGUUACACGCGACUGAGAAAACGAUCAACGAGGAGAUGGACAUUAGCGACAAAAGCGACAUCGAUCCGAUAAAUCAGUCGGGCAGUCCGAGAGCGCCCAGUCCGACACGGUGUGAAUUCGAAGAGACCGUGACGGCGGAUAAAAAGGCGAACGCUACUCCGUAUGAGCUCGGGACGGAGUCCGAAUUUCAGCCGUACGAUAGCCCGCAAAACCCACAAAGUCGUAGUCCCGUUAAUCGAUCGUUAUUCAGUCCUCGACACGAGUCACACAUGUCGGACUCGCAGCCUAAAGAAAGUUUAGACGAUUUUCGCAAGGAGGAAGGAGAAGAAAUAGAGAGGCCCAUGGCGACGAACGCCGGUGAAUCUCAGCUGUCAGUGUCGUUCAACGCCGUCCCUUCUUCUGACAGGAGUCUGGUUAUUAAAAUAUGCACCAACAGGAACUCGCAAUUCAGUGUCACUAGCGCCGCUGCUGUGGGUCGAGGCUCCGAGGAGAACAAUAAUGCAGAAGGCUCCACUACAUCAAAGGAAAAACUCGCAAACGGCUCGGACAGGCAGAAGGACAUCGUUGGCGAUGAUCAAGCGAACGAUCUGGACGACAGCGAUUCCGACAGCGAUAAAUUAGCGGUAGUAGACAGCAAUCCGGAAGAGGACGAGGCGGAGGACGGCGAGGAAGGAGAAGAGGCCGAAGAGGUCGAAGAGGCCGAAGAGGCCGAAGAAAUCGAGGAAACCGAAGACAAACGCAACGAUACGAUACGAAUCGAGAGCGAAGAACACGGAGGAGGAAUCGGUACCGGGACAUUCGACGUGGUGGAGACUGACGUGCUGAGCGGUGACGCGACAGAGAAGCUCGACAAUAACAGAACAGAAGAGACGGCAGACGGUGCACAGAAAACGACGAAUGAUCACGAGGCGAAGGACCACUUGAGCAGCGACGAUGGCAUCACGUUAGCCGGAGAGGACGCACUCUGCAUGGACCUGAAUGUCGAAGGUACUCUCGAUAGCAUAGAGUUGGACGAGCUACUGAAGCGCUGCAUAGAAGCGGCUAGUCCGAUCUGUGUAUACUGCAACCACGCGCGGUGUAUAGCCGUGAACGGCAAGCAGCUGGGUUUGCAUAUGUUGGCGGAGCACAAGUUUCAGCCGCAGCAUCCCGCGAUAAUCAUUCACGCGGAGCAGUUCACCACGCGGGUGAAGCGAUCCUUGGACGAGCUUGAACCACGUUAUUUCAACCUGAACACGUACGACAGCGAAAAGGGCACGUACAAUGUACCGCAGGUGAGGAUGUACGAGUGUUUUCAUUGUAGAUUUCAUUCGGCAGUUCACAAGGAGCUCUAUCUGCACAACCGGAAGAUGCAUCAGAAGACCAUCUUGAUCUGCAUCAUGUGCAAGUCAACUUUCUACAGUUACAGCGAGCUGCUGUGUCAUCUAUGUCCAGGUGUUUACUCACCCAACAUGAAUCUCCGUUAUCGAUGCUGUUUGUGUUCAGUGAACAGUCUGCCGUCGUCGUUCCGGCUGAUGGUGCACUUACGUAAGCAGCAUCACGCUUGCGACGUCUGCCUGGAGUCCACCGGCAAUCAACAGCGUCUCUCGAACCAUGUGUGGAAGCACAAACUCCAUCACCUGUGCUACCGUUGCGGCAUCGCGUACCGCAAUAAGCCGGACAUCACGAAGCACUUGUUCUGGAAGCACGGCACCGAGAGUGUUCUCUGCAGGAAGUGUGUGCAGAAGAAGUGGCCUCAUAUCUACCACUUCUGCAUACCGCCUGCAGAGUUCAAGUGCGACGAGUGCGAGUGCAAGUUCAAGCGAGCGGUCGCCCUCAAGGUGCACAAGAGGCUACACUCCACGAAUCUACCGUACGGCUGUGACGAGUGCGCGGAGCGUUUUAUAUCGCGCAAGCUCUUGGCCAAGCACCAAGCGAGUCACAGGGAACCAGAGCCGGAGGACGUCGACGUGAACGUUAUAGACAUGGAUGAUCAUCUGCCGACAGACGGAUUGGACGAAAAAUCGGACAAAGAAAAAGCUCAACGGACGGGAACAACGGUAAACGAAGGUGUCGCCGCAGGAACCGCGGUGGAGAACGUGAAAGAGGCUGUGAAGAGGGUGGUAGACGUUUACGACUUACCACCACUCAAUCUGUCAUCCGAGAGUGACACGGACAACGAUGAAGAAAAGGUUGCCACCGCCGAGAAAUCGACCGAGAAGGAGAAAGUCGCGACGGAGGAUGCGAAGACUGAGAAGAGCGGGGGGGAAACUAUCGAAGAGGAGGCCACCGACGACAACGCUGCACUGGUCAACGACAUCGUCGACGUGGAGCGGAACGAGGAGGAGAAGAAGCAAGAGGCGCGCAUCAUGGAUGGUAUAUGGGACAAUUUCAAGACGUACGCCGCGAGUCUAGAGAUGAAAGAGUCCGGCCAGAGCUUCACGUUGAAAGAGAGUCCGCCCGAAGCCGAUCCGGCGUACCUCAGGAGUAUCGUUUUAGCUGACCACGACUACUGCGUCGUGUGGUCCGAAAAUGGAGAUCAAGCGGUGACUUCCAAAGAGGACGACGCAAAGGAGGAGCAGGAUGAGUCCCGCAGGAGCCCAUCGCCUAGCGGCAGUCCGAGUCACAACGCCAGUUGCGAGAGCGACGCGACCAAACGCGCCAAGCUGAAGACUCCCAAGAAAAAGAAGCGCAGCGGCAGCACGUCGUCCAGCGACUCGUCGAGCGACACGGACUCCAGCAGUUGUUCUUGUGGCACCAACUGCAGCUGUAGUAGCUCCUCGUCCGGCAGCUCGUCCAGUUCCAGCAGUAGUUCCGACUCCGACAGUUCGACGUCCGAGAGUUCACCCAGAAAGCAGUCCAGUCGGCGUGAACGCAGCAAAAAGGAGAAGGAGAGCACGAGGGAGAAUAAGUCAGAGUCCGUCGAACCAGAGAACAAGGAAGAGGUUGCAAUAGAGAACGGGGUCAUAACGGUGGACGACGAAAUGAUAACAAACGAGCCGGUGUUACCGUUAAUGCGGGAAUCCGAUCUAGAGACCGACGAGACCGUCACGGACGAGGACUUCUAUGAUGAACAUCCGCAGCUACUCGCCAAUACGUUACUGGCGGAGAAACGUAAUCAAUUGCUGCUAUUGGCCACUGUCUCGACGUCAGUGGAACAACGGUCAACAUUACUGAACAACGGAGUUCCAGAGGUGGCAGCUGAGACUACGACGUUAACCAAACCUCUUACGACCGUCGAAGAUCGGCCACAGCAAAAGAAGAAAGCUAAGACGAAGAAACGACGGAAGGGCGAGAGAGGCAAUAAACGCAACGCCACCGCCGCAGCCACCGCUACGAACACUGUGGAGUCGAUCAAGCUUAACAUUCCUAGAACGUACUACCAGAAGACCUCAGGCUUCGCUGCGUCGUCGCCCGCGGUAAUGUCUUUGAAUCCGAGCAGGUCCUCUACGCCAAAUCUACCAGUGUGCAACGAUCUUCACGGUGUCGCCAGUAGCGGCAUGAACAUUAACACGAUGGAGAUGUUGCAGACGCCAGCGGCUGGCACCAUCACGAUACCAAUGAAUUCGAAUCAGAACGUGGGCAGCGGUUCGGAGGCGGAGAAGAGGUCCUCCAAGAGGAAACGUGUGCCGAAACGCUUCUACGGCGACUCGAGCGACGACGAGCCGCAAGAGAAGCAGCAAGCGACACACAAAUGGGGACGGAAGACCGUCGAGACUAUCAUCCCGACUUUCGCGCCGCCGCCGCCGCCGAUGCCAAUGCCCGCACCGUUUCCGAUGACGACUUCUAUGCCAAUGACGAAUCCAAAAUUCAUGCCACCUUCGAGACUAUCGUUUAGCGCUAAGAUCACACAGCAAACGUACAGGUCUGGUCAGGUGGAAAGUCAGCAGCAAGCGUUACCGGUCACUUUGGCGUCUGCCACCGAGUCCGAGGGCGCCGCGGAGACUAGCAGUGAGAGCAGCGAGUCCGAGACGGAGGUGGACGACACGGUGAGCCAAAGGAGAGCCUACAACGAUCUGCCGCCGGCUAACGAGACAACGCCGGCUGCUGAACGACCGGCCAAGAUUUACUGUUAUUGCCAGUGUCCAUAUGACGAAGUAUCGGAGAUGAUAGCCUGCGAUGGUGAGGACUGCCGUAUCGAGUGGUUCCACUUUGAGUGUGUCGGUAUAAUGGUGCCACCCAAGGGCAAAUGGUAUUGCCCGGACUGUCGGAGGAAGCACAAUAUCACGCAGAACAAUGACGAGUACUGCGAUUGAUAGUUUCGUUGGGCGCGAGCGAACGCCCACGCGAGUCGACGAUCGCGGCGUCGGCGAUGGUGUUGUUAUUGGUGGUGGUGGUGGAGGUGGUGUUGGUGGUAGUGGUCGUGAUCUUGGACCCAUCCACCAGCCGCUCUGUGUUACCAAAUUCGACCGAUCGGAGUUGCUUUUUUAGGCAUAUUGCUAGCGAGUUGUUUCCCUUCUCAGUUUUUUCUUUCUUUUUCUGGUGAAGAGAGACGCUAUACCGUUCCACCGUUGAUAUUUUUCUUAAGUCUGUCAUGCGAGAGAGAACGAGAGAGAGAGAGAGAGAGAGAGAGAGAGAG